GGAGGAGCGCAGGGCUCAGAUGCUGGGGUCCUAGGCAGCCUGAGACUCUGUCGUUCGGGUUGGAUUUCUUACUAAAAGAAUACCACCAGUGGACUAGAAUCGGACCAUCCGGUGCUAUGGAGCAACAAAAAUAUACUUACUGAUACUUCAUUUGAGCUUUUCUGACAUUUUUACUACCUCAAAGAACUCAAAGAAAAUCCCUGGCUGGAACAGUCUUCAGUUUAAAAAAAGGAAUAGUUCAUCCCGCAUUUUCAGACAGAGGGAUGGUGCUGUAAUUGCGCAUCGAUUUUAUUUUUGUUGGGAGAAAAAAUACGCAUUUAAUAGAUGAAACAGUCUAGAUAACACUAGAGAUGUUUAUAAAUUCAAGACAAUUCACAUCUGUGAGAAGAAUGUCCCAAUUCAUCUCGUUUUCUUUUCAUAAUGGAAACACACAAAACAUUAUGAAAACCACUUUGUUUUCCCUUGGAAUCAAACUAUAACGUUUUCUUUAUGGAGUUUCAAAAUGACAUAUUCUAAUUUGAUGAACGAAAGCAUUGAUGGAAUAUAUUUUGAAAAAGCUCUCAACGAAUCUUUCCUGGGCCGAAUCUUAUUCACAGACAACAGCACCAACUCCACCAGCUGCACCAACAUCACCCUGGACCCCCAGGUCAUUGCGGUCGGGGUCUUUCUAUCCGUGUUCAUCUUGGUGGCUAUCGUUGGGAACAUUUUGGUUAUCCUCUCGGUGCUAUGCAAUAGACACUUACAGACCGUCACCAACUUCUUUAUAGUCAACCUGGCCAUAGCGGACUUGCUAUUGAGCAUUAUUGUGCUGCCUUUCUCAGCGUCUUUGGAAGUGCUGGGAUGCUGGGUGUUCGGCCGGGUCUUCUGCAACAUCUGGGCAGCGGUGGAUGUUCUCUGCUGCACCGCGUCCAUCCUCAGCCUCUGUAUCAUCUCCAUAGACAGGUACAUCGGGGUCAAACACUGCCUCAAAUACCCCACCAUCAUGACGGAGAAGAAAGCCGCUGUCAUUCUGGUCUUGGUCUGGGUCUCCUCCAUGGUCAUCUCCAUAGGACCGCUGCUGGGAUGGAAGGAACCGCCGCCGACCGACGAGAGCGUCUGCAGCAUCACCGAGGAACCGGGCUAUGCCCUCUUCUCCUCGCUCUUUUCCUUCUACCUGCCGCUUAUGGUCAUCCUAGUGAUGUAUUUCAGGGUCUACGUGGUGGCCCGGAGGACUACCAAGAGUUUAGAAGCUGGGGUCAAACGGGAGAGAAAUAAGUCGAUAGAAGUGGUGCUGAGGAUUCACUGUCGGAGCAUGCUGGAGGAUACUUCCAAGAGUAAAAACCACCCGUUCCGGAGUUCGCUGUCCGUGCGCUUGAUGAAGUUCUCCCGGGAGAAGAAGGCUGCCAAAACCCUGGCGAUUGUCGUCGGGAUGUUCAUCCUGUGUUGGCUACCGUUUUUCUUUGUUUUACCACUGGGCUCCUUCUUCCCGGCACUGAAGCCAUCUGACAUGGUCUUUAAGGUCAUCUUCUGGCUGGGCUACUUCAACAGCUGCAUUAACCCUGUCAUCUACCCGUGCUCCAGCAAAGAGUUCCAGCGCGCCUUCACCCGCCUCCUCCGCUGCCAGUGCCACCGCCGCCGCCGAGUCCUGCGGCGUUUCUAUGACCAGCACUGGCGCACAGCCGUCAAGGGCCAUCACAACCAGGGCAUAGAUGGCAGGGAAAUGGGUACUAUGGGUAUUGGCAAUGCCAGUGUGACAGACUACCGGCCGGGGUACUCCAUCAACCAUGAAUCGUGCGGGAGCUCGCACUACUACAAGGGUACUAAAGGACGUUCACUGAGUUUUAAAGGGUGGAGCCUGUUCCCGCCACUACAGAAGUCAUCGUUCCAGCUCAAGGAGAAAAUGAACAAUCUGUCCAAUAAGAUUAAGGGAGGCGUCGCGACGCCCUCCCUUGCGAGGACAGAGAUUGACACGGUUUCCAUGGGGAUUUACAACGACGUCGCCGAGCAGAGCUGCUAUCAGAUCUAUGACCUUACAGAGUGCUACGGCCUGAAGGAGACAGACAUCUAGAUUCUAGAGGGACAGACAAAGGGAGUGGCGAAUGUGGAUGGCUACUGUCAUUUGAAUUGCUUCUUCAAUGACAUUUGCAGUGACGCUGCAAGUGAAAGCACGUGAUGGUUUGCCAUUGGAGUAUCAAUACAGGGAAUGACCGAUACAAUUCCUUCCUUAAAUCACCUAGUUGGGGUUUAUCGUUGCGAAGCAGAAAGAGGUAAGAGUCAAAAGGAAGUGCUCUUUUCCAUUUGCACAACGGAAUGGAAUGAGGAAAUUCCACAAAAUGUAAGAUCGGAACUUGGGGUUAUCAUGGGACCAUUUGACCAGCAAACAAACAAGACUGGAGGAACAUUUGUCUGCAGAGAGUUGUUUGGACAUCGAUCAAAGGCCUGAGUUCAUUUUGUCUGGAAAUGGCCCAAUUUGAUCCGAGCACAAAUUGCUCCAAAAUAUGAUAUCGAACCUUAAUGAUUGUAUCGCGUUUGUUUCAUUUUGUUGGAUGGCGAUUGAAGUGAAGUGGAAUGGAGCGUUAUUUAUUUGAGCUGCGUUAAAAAGACAAGCGCAGAACAAUAAGUGGGUAUGGAAAAGGCACUUUCUGGACAAGUGGCAAGAUGUCAAACUGACUUCUCAUUGAUAGUGACCGGCUGCUGAUGAUCCCAGCCUAUGUCCUUUGAGCAUUCUCACUCUCAAGUCCAAACAGCUCAACCCCUACAACCAGCAGCAACAUCGAGACACAAUGUCACAACUCACAACUCCCAUUUUACCAUAACCUACUGACAAACACCCCUUUUCUAGGGUAUCAGCUCAUCCAGCUCAACUUAACACAAUGCAGCUGGGCAUAGACAUGUGUUCUCUUAGAGAAAGCAUAUAUCACAAAGUGAAAGCCACUGACUUGAAUGACGAAAGCAUUGCACAGGAACAUUUCGGGGUGAAGUGAGUAAACAUAGGGUAGUGUAUGGGUGAUAAUAAUUGCAUCUGAUUAUUUUGCUAAGUGAACGAGUGAGGUGAACUGUGAUGAACUGACAUUAGCAGACCUCUGUGAAAUUGCAUUAUAAAAGUGAUGGGUCACAUUCAGACGGGAAACAAUGUACGGAGCAGUUGAAUAAGUAGCAUGGUGUAUUUACCUUAACGGCAAUCAGAGCCAGAGAGAAGAGAGGUCAGAGAGAAGAGAGGUCAUUUAUCUUUUGAAAGGACAAUGAUUGACAGAAUGAAAUCCUUGAACACGUUGAUUACAGUAUUUGUCUGUUCUUUGCAUUGCCAAAAAUACGCUUUUGUUUCGUUUGUAUUUGCUGAUGGUUCAAUGACGUCUGUCAAUGUUAAGCAAAAUAAAAUGGAUGUCAGUCCUGGA